AUGUUUGAUUAUUUGAUGCGACUCUUGGACUCCAGAGCAUCGCGGUUGGGGCCCGAUCAUGCAUUAAGGUCUGUUCAUGCUGAUUAUGUUGGAGGCAUCAACUCUAACUUCCGGAAAUGGUACUUUGCGGCCCAAAUGGAUUUAGAUGAUUUUGUGGGAUUUGACAACGUGAAAAAUGGUAAAAUCAAAGAUUCCAACGAAGAUAUUCCAACUCUAGAAGCUGCUGAGGAGCAAUGGGUAGCAAAUAUGCAGGCACUUUCUCCUACGUAUGUUGUGAUACAAUUGGCAUUGUAUUUAUUGAUUUGGGGAGAAGCCAACAAUAUUAGAUUUAUGCCUGAGUGUAUUUGCUUUAUUUUUAAGUGCUGCAAUGAUUACUACUUUUCCAUUGAUCCAGAAGUACCGGUUGAGAGAGUCACUGUUAGCUUUUUAGAUCAUAUUAUCACUCCCUUGUACAAUUUUUACAGAGAUCAGUUGUACCGUCUUGUGGAUGGGAGGUAUCACAGACGCGACAAGGAUCACAGUACUGCUAUUGGGUACGACGAUAUGAAUCAAUUGUUUUGGCAUAGCAAAGGACUCGAAAGGUUACUAUUAUUGGACAAAGAAACCAAGUUGAUUCAGCUCCCUCCAAGAGAGAGAUAUGCACGAUUGAAUGAAGUACAAUGGCACAAGGCUUUUUACAAAACCUUCAAGGAAAAGCGCAGCUGGUCACAUGUCCUCACAAAUUUCCACAGAGUGUGGAUCAUUCAUUUAUCAGCAUUCUGGUAUUAUUCAGUCUACAAUUCCCCCACUUUGUACACACGCAAUUAUCAACCGUCUUUGGAUAAUCAACCAACGUACCAGACCCAGCUAUCAUUGCUUUCUCUAAGUGGAUCGGUAGCAUUGUUGAUCAAUUUGGCUAGCCUAAUAUUUGAAUUGUCGUAUAUUCCUCGGAAAUGGCAUGGUGCACAACCAGUUACUGGCAGAUUGCUUAUCACCUUCUUAUUCUUUAUUCUCAACACUGCACCGAGCAUAUUUCUACUUGGGUUCAAAGGUAUAGGAGAACAGUCAACACUUGGAUUAACAAUGGCGUCCAUUCAAUUCGCAUUGUCUGUUUUCAUUGUUGCGUAUCUUUCUAUUGUCCCCUUGGGAAAAGUAUUUAUAAAAAGUUCGAAAUCCAAUGAUCGCAAAUAUCUACCCCAAAGAUCGUUCAUUACCAACUUUUAUUUGCUUACUGAUACCGACAAGAUAGCAUCCCAUAGCUUAUGGCUCGCGAUAUUUAUUUCCAAAUUUUUGGAAUCGUACUUUUUUUUGACACUUUCAAUGAGGGAUCCUAUCCGUGAGUUGAGCAUAAUGAAGCAUGUUACGUGCUCAGGGGAAGCAUUGUUUGGGUCAUGGCUUUGUCCAAAACAGCCUUACAUUGUUUUGUGUCUAAUUUACUUGACCAAUCUAGUCUUGUUCAUAUUGGACACAUAUCUUUGGUACAUCAUUUGGAACACCUUGUUCUCAGUUUGCCGAUCAUUCUAUGUUGGCGUCUCCAUUUGGACACCUUGGCGAAACAUCUUCUCUAGAUUGCCCAAGAGAAUAUUUUCCAAAAUUAUAUCUGUUACUAACGAGAAGAACUUGAAAACAAAGACAUUGAUAUCGCAAGUUUGGAAUUCAAUUAUCAUUUCUAUGUACAGAGAGCAUUUGAUAUCGUUAGAGAAUGUUCAAAAACUCAUCUAUAAACUGAUUGAAAGCCCAGGUGCCGAGGGUGGAUUAAUUUUGAAAGAGCCAAUGUUUUUUGUUUCUCAAGAGGACCAAUCCGUCAAAUCAACUUUGUUUACUAAACAAUCUGAAGCACAACGAAGGAUAACGUUUUUUGCUCAGUCCUUAUCUACCCCCAUGCCUGAGGUUGGCCCUGUGCAUUUUAUGCCUUCGUUUUCGGUCUUGGUUCCUCAUUACAGCGAAAAGAUUAUCUUGUCUUUAAGGGAAAUCAUUAGAGAGGAGGAGCAGUAUUCCCAUGUGACGAUGCUCGAGUACUUGAAGCAAUUACACCCGUUGGAAUGGAGUUGCUUUGUGAAGGAUACAAAGAUGCUUGCCGAAGAGUUUGAGUCUGAUUCAGCUUCCACAGAUAAUGCAAAGGAUAAACUUGAUGAUUUGCCUUACUACUCAGUUGGAUUCAAGGUUGCUACUCCUGAGUAUAUUCUUCGUACAAGAAUAUGGGCUUCCCUUCGUUCUCAAACAUUGUAUCGAACCAUUUCAGGCUUUAUGAAUUACGCAAGGGCCAUAAAGCUUCUAUUUGAUGUUGAAAACCCAGAGUCGAGUGUUUUUGGUGACGACUCUGAUAAAACAGAGCAUGCAGCAAUCAUGGCGCAUAGAAAAUUCAGAAUCAUUACGUCAAUGCAGAGAAUGAAGUAUUUCACUCCAGAAGAAAGGGAAAACACUGAUUUCUUAUUGAGAGCUUACCCGGAGCUUCAAAUUUGUUAUCUUGAUGAAGACAUUGAUGAAAACACUGGGGAAGUCACCUUUUAUUCGGCACUUAUCGACGGAAGUUGUUCUUUUUUAGAGAAUGGAGACCGGGAGCCAAAAUAUAGAAUCAGAUUGUCUGGUAAUCCAAUUUUGGGAGAUGGUAAAUCGGAUAACCAGAACCACUCCUUGAUAUUUUGUCGGGGUGAGUACAUUCAACUUGUUGAUGCAAACCAAGAUAACUACCUAGAAGAAUGCCUAAAAAUUCGAAGCGUGCUAGCUGAGUUUGAAGAAGCAACUUUUCCAUUGGAUCCAUACACUAAUGAAUUGAAAGGUUCGAAGCUGGCUUUCCCCGUGGCCAUAAUUGGCACAAGAGAGUACAUCUUUUCCGAAAAUAUUGGUAUCCUUGGUGAUGUAGCUGCAGGGAAAGAACAAACUUUCGGUACGUUAUUUGCUAGGACGCUUGCCCAUAUCGGUGGCAAACUACACUAUGGCCAUCCUGAUUUCUUGAAUGGUAUAUUCAUGACGACAAGAGGUGGCGUGUCUAAAGCACAAAAAGGUUUGCACCUUAACGAGGACAUUUAUGCUGGGAUGAAUGUUCUUCUUCGUGGUGGAAGAAUCAAACACUGCGAAUAUAUGCAAUGUGGUAAAGGUAGGGACUUAGGAUUCGGAUCUAUUCUUAAUUUCACAACCAAAAUUGGAGCAGGAAUGGGAGAGCAAAUGUUGUCGCGCGAAUAUUUUUAUUUAGGCACACAAUUGCCCAUCGACAGGUUUUUAUCCUUUUACUAUGCUCACCCAGGGUUUCACUUAAAUAACGUGUUUAUCAUUCUUUCGAUUCAGUUGUUUUUAUUAGUGUCUGCAAACCUUGCAUCUUUGAGUAGAGAGAGUAUUAUAUGCGAGUAUGACAGAUAUAGGCCAAUUACUGAUCCAAAGAGGCCGUUGGGGUGUUAUAACUUGAUACCAGUUAUUCAUUGGUUGCAAAGAUGUGUUGUUUCUAUUUUUAUUGUGUUUGUUAUCUCAUUCGUCCCGUUGGGUGUGCAGGAAUUAACGGAAAGAGGGUUCUACAAAGCUAUAACUAGACUCAGCAAGCAAUUUGCAUCUUUUUCACCAUUGUUCGAAGUAUUCAUAUGCAAAAUAUAUGGCCAUUCAUUAGCAAGUGACAUUUCCAUUGGUGGUGCUCGAUAUCUUGCUACUGGUCGGGGCUUUGCAACGAUCAGAGUUCCGUUUGUGACCCUUUAUUCCAGAUUUGCAGUUGAGAGUCUUUAUUAUGGUAUAAUUUGUGGAUUACUAAUAAUGUACUGUUCUAUGUCAAUGUGGAUCACACUGCUUUUAUACUUUUGGAUGUCCGUUAUUGGUUUGUUAAUCUGCCCAUUCCUAUACAACCCAAAUCAAUUCUCUUGGAAUGAUUUUUUUUUGGAUUAUAAGGAGUUUAUUCACUGGUUACUACGUGGUAAUAGUAAAGCCAGAAUUUCCUCGUGGAUUAAUUUCACUAGGUUGAAGAGAAGCAGAAUUGUUGGAGUAAAAAGCAAGAGAUUGAGUCUAAAUGAAGAAAUAAAAGUGGUUAGUGAAGUGAAGCCAUCCAGGGCAAAGCUUAUGUUUACAGAAUCAGUAUUUCAAUUGUCAGUGAUAUUCAUUAUCGGUUUGGCAUACUUGUUUGCAAAUUCACAGAACGGAAACCCAAAAGCACUACCAGUUAACAGCAUUGUGAGAAUUGUAGCCGUCACAUUCGGGCCCAUACUUAUCAACUUUGUCAUAUUGUUGCUCAUAUUUUUUUUUUCUGUUCUCAUUGGUCCGAUAUUUACCUUUUUUUGCAAGAAACUUCCUUCCUUUUUGGCAGCUUUAGCUCAUUCGUUGGCUGUUUUAAACCAUGUAUUUUUCUUUGAGUUGCUUUGGUUUUUACAAGGAUGGGAUUUCCCGAAAACGGUAUUGGGAUUUACACUCGCAACAUUAAUUCAGUGCUGGUUUUUACAAAUGACAACUAUAAUAUUUGUAUCUAAGGAAUUUAGACACGAUCGAUCUAAUCGAUCUUGGUGGUCUGGUAAAUGGGCAACUGCCGGUUUAGGUUGGUACGUGAUUACGCAACCUAUUAGAGAGUUGGUUUGUAAGACUUCAGAAAUGUCAUACUUUGUGGGUGACUUAUUUGCAGCUCAUGUCAUAUUAUAUUCGCAAAUCCCCAUUUUGUUGAUCCCGUAUGCCGACAAGUGGCACACAUUGAUGCUUUUCUGGUUGAAGCCUGGUAGUCAGAUCCGUCCUCGCGUUUUGUCAAAGAGACAAAGAAAGAAACGAAGGGUACAAGCUAUACUUUAUCUUUUCGUGUUUUUAUCUAGUAUUGUUUUGUUUGCAUUCAUCUUUGUGGUUCCCUCGAUUUUCAUUAAAUACUUGAAGGUUGACUUAAUAAAAUAUGUCCCUCGCAUUUUAAUGGUGCAACCUGUGGGACCAACAAGUAAGAAGGUGGGCUUUUUGAAGCAUUUGGAGGUCAAGCAUUUUUAG